AUGGUGGAGGCAGAGACGAAUGCGGAUGCCAUCGCUUGCGCUUCUUUACCUUCGACCACCACCGUCGUUGACUCGGUGAUCAACACUGCCAGCAACGAUCUAUAUACGACAGCUCAAUGCGAUUUCUUCGAAGGUAGCAGGGUGUCGAGAUGGUGGUUACUGCUGUAUAACUGGAUCCUC